AUGCCACCAGUACGUACACUCGUUCCACCACCUCCUCCACCGGAGCCACCAGCACCGCCACCGGAUCCAGAAGCUGAAUUAUUGAAAAGUAACACAGAUCUCAACACCAAAAAAUUUGAACCGGACAAGAAAGGCAAAAAAAAGAAAUUUACGAGAAAAAUGGCGUUAUUGAUAUACGUGGGCGCCUUGGUACUUGGCGUUAUCGUUUUUAACCUCGGUGUCGCUGUCGGCUAUUUCGCUUUAUAA